GCAUAUGAUUGCUCCAUGGCGAAGAAGAGGAGAGCUGAAGAUCAGGCUUUGGGUGUCCCAGUCAACAAAAGGAAAUCUCUGCUAAUGAAGCCACGACACUACAGCCCAAACAUGGACUGCCAUGAAGACCGCGGUGACAGGACAGAGGACGAUGGUUUCUUGGAAACACAUGAUCACUCUACUGCAGAAGAAAUCAUGAUUAAAUCUAUGGAUGAAAACCUUCAUUCAACUGCACAAGAAAACGCCAACAGGAAGGAAGACAGAUACUCUUGUUAUCAAGAACUGGUGGUGAAGUCUUUAAUGCACUUGGGGAAAUUUGAAAAAAAUAUGUCUGUUCAGCCCGUAGGUGAAAACUUAAAUGACAGUGGCAUCCAGUCUUUAAAAACAGAGAGUGACGAAGCGGACGAGUGCUUUAUGAUUCACUCUGAUGAUGGAAGAGACAAAAUCGAGGAUUCCCAGCCAGCGUUCUACUCCUCCGAUGACAAUGAAAGUAACUCAGAAAGUGCAGAGAAUGGCUGGGACAGUGGCUCCAACUUGUCAGAAGAAACCAAACCACCUAGGGUUCCAAAGUAUGUUUUAGCAGAUCAUAAAAAAGACCUACUAGAAAUUCCCGACAUAAAAACUGAAGGUGAGAAAUUUAUCCCUUGUGAGAACAGGUGUGAUUCUGAAACGGAAAAGAAUGCUCAUGUAGAAUCCCUGGAUGGCAAACCCCAGCCUUCCUUCCCUGAGAUUGAGAAAGAAGGGGCCGAGAGCCUGGCAACAGUGACAGAAGACUCUAGUGACCUGGAGAAAGCCAAGGGGAACUUAAGUUGGCUGGAGCAGGCCAUUGCGCUGCAGGCUGAGCGAGGCUGCGUUUUCCACAACACCUACAAAGAGCUGGACAGGUUUCUACUGGAGCAUCUAGCAGGGGAAAGGAGACAAACCAAAGUUAUUGACGUGGGUGGAAGACAAAUCUUUAACAAUAAACAUUCACCAAGGCCUGAAAAGAGGGAGACCAAGUGCCCCAUCCCUGGCUGUGAUGGCACAGGACACGUGACGGGGCUCUAUCCCCACCACCGCAGCCUUUCGGGGUGCCCCCACAAGGUGCGGGUGCCUCUGGAAAUUCUUGCCAUGCAUGAGAAUGUGCUCAAGUGUCCCACCCCAGGAUGCACAGGACGGGGUCAUGUGAACAGCAACCGCAACACACACAGGAGUCUUUCUGGUUGUCCAAUUGCUGCAGCUGAAAAGUUGGCCAUGUCCCAGGAUAAAAAUCAGCUUGACUCUUCCCAAACCGGGCAGUGUCCUGACCAAGCCCACAGGACAAGCUUGGUGAAGCAAAUUGAAUUCAAUUUCAGAUCACAAGCCAUCACCUCUUCCAGAGCCACAGUGUCAAAAGAACAAGAGAAGUUUGGAAAAGUACCAUUUGAUUAUGCCAGUUUUGAUGCCCAAGUUUUUGGUAAACGCCCCCUCGUACAAACAGGACAAGGACGAAAAACACCACCAUUUCCUGAAUCAAAGCAUUUUUCAAAUCCAGUGAAAUUUCCUAACCGACUGCCUAGUGCAGGCGCCCACACACAGAGCCCGAGCCGUGCCAGCUCUUAUAGCUACGGUCAAUGUAGUGAAGACACCCACAUAGCAGCAGCUGCUGCCAUCCUGAACCUUUCCACCCGCUGCAGGGAAGCCACAGACAUCCUCUCCAACAAACCACAGAGUCUGCAUGCCAAGGGAGCCGAGAUAGAAGUGGAUGAAAAUGGCACAUUGGACUUAAGCAUGAAAAAAAAUCGAAUCCUGGACAAGGCUGCACCCCUGACUUCCUCUAACACCUCUAUCCCAACUCCUUCCUCUUCCCCAUUCAAAACAAGCAGCAUUCUGGUCAAUGCAGCAUUCUACCAGGCUCUUUGUGAUCAAGAGGGCUGGGACACUCCUAUCAACUAUAGCAAAACUCAUGGGAAGACAGAGGAGGAGAAAGAGAAAGACCCAGUCAGCUCUCUAGAACAUUUAGAGGAAAAAAAGUUUCCUGGAGAGGCCUCUAUACCAAGCCCUAAACCCAAGCUCCAUGCAAGAGAUCUCAAAAAGGAACUAAUCACCUGUCCAACCCCAGGAUGUGACGGAAGUGGCCACGUGACAGGAAACUAUGCCUCACAUCGCAGUGUUUCCGGAUGUCCUUUAGCGGAUAAGACUCUUAAAUCCCUCAUGGCUGCUAAUUCUCAGGAGCUUAAGUGUCCAACCCCAGGGUGUGACGGUUCCGGGCAUGUGACUGGCAACUACGCUUCCCACAGGAGCUUGUCCGGAUGCCCACGUGCACGGAAAGGUGGUGUCAAAAUGACCCCUACCAAGGAAGAAAAAGAAGACCCUGAACUUAAAUGUCCUGUGAUAGGAUGUGACGGUCAAGGUCACAUAUCAGGUAAAUACACAUCCCACCGCACAGCUUCUGGCUGUCCCCUGGCUGCCAAGAGACAGAAGGAGAAUCCUCUCAACGGGGCCUCCCUCUCCUGGAAACUGAACAAGCAAGAGCUGCCACAUUGUCCCUUACCAGGCUGCAAUGGGCUGGGCCAUGUAAAUAAUGUUUUUGUCACCCAUAGAAGCUUAUCUGGAUGUCCUCUCAAUGCACAAGCUAUCAAAAAAGGCAAAGUCUCUGAAGAACUCAUGACCAUCAAGCUCAAAGCAACCGGGGGUAUAGAGAGUGAUGAAGAAAUUAGACAUUUGGAUGAAGAAAUAAAGGAACUGAACGAAUCCAACCUUAAAAUUGAAGCAGAUAUGAUGAAACUUCAAACCCAGAUCACGUCCAUGGAGAGCAACUUAAAGACGAUAGAGGAGGAGAACAAACUCAUAGAGCAGAACAAUGAAAGUCUGCUGAAGGAGCUGGCAGGUCUGAGCCAAGCUCUCAUUUCAAGCCUUGCCGAUAUCCAGCUUCCACAGAUGGGACCAAUCAGCGAGCAGAAUUUUGAAGCCUAUGUAAAUACGCUCACAGACAUGUACAGCAAUCUGGAACGGGACUAUUCCCCAGAAUGCAAAGCUCUGCUGGAAAGUAUCAAACAGGCAGUGAAGGGUAUCCAUGUGUAGGAUCACAGCGCUGCCGGGCAACAGAAAUUACCAACAGCAGUCAACUCCAGAUGGAUCUGUUAGAGGUUCGUGUCCUGCUUAGGCAUGGAGGUGGCCGUACCGCAUUUACAAUUGCAACAUUGCACUAAUUUUUUUUCCCCCCUGCUGACAUUAAAAAACGGAAAGAAAAACUAUGAUAGACUCUUUGGAUUAAAAGCGAUGCAUUCAAUGAUUAUAUCUUAUUUAUUUUCGUAUGUUUUUUUUCCUUUUGUUUCUUCAUUGCACUCUUUUUUUGUAAAGUAUAUGUAAAAUAAAUGUGACAUUUUUAUAAUUUAUUUAUUACUAA